UGGAAAGGGUUUCUGCUGUUCCCAGGCAUGGAGAGGCGGGCACAAAGAUAAUAAAGGCAGAUGCUAAGAGUCUGGAAGCUGUUUUUGUUCUUCUGUAGUUUAGACACCAGCUGUGGGAAGUGAAGGGUUUGACUGGCUUACUUUCAUGCUCAGCUGGCUGCCUUCACCAUGCUGGUUGCAACUGGGACACGCUUCCAUCUCCAGUUCAGACGGCUCCUGGCUGAAAGGCAGAUCAGUGCUCCUGUGCGCCGGCCUCCUAUACCUGGUAUCGUGGGCUCAACGGCAUUGUCCUGCACUGAUCAGAACAGAAGUCCAGGAGCAGUUAGCUCAGCUGAAAAUGUGUACAAAGUACCUGGUGGCCGCAAACCCUCAACGUUUGAUAAGAAAAUCCUUCUAUGGACUGGACGCUUCAAGACAGAAGCUGAGAUUCCCCUCAGGAUCUCGUCAGAGAUGCUGGGUGCUGCAAGGAACAAAGCUCGAGUCAAGACUUGUUACAUUAUGAUCUGUCUCACAAUUGUGGCCUGCUUUGCAGUGAUUGCCUCAGGCAAAAGAGCUGUUGAGCGCCAUGAGUCCCUAACAAGCUGGAACCUAGCAAAGAAAGCCAAGUGGCGUGAAGAAGCAGCAGCAGCAUCAAAGGCUAAAUAGAGUAAUGUGCUACUGAAACUGUAGGUGUGUUAGGAAAGUGGGGUGGGUGGGUGGGUAUACUGAAUGAAAAACCUAUUCUGGGAGAAUUUUUGAAGAAAAAAUUAAAUGUGACUCAAUACUAAUAUACUUCAUUUGCACUUAUGUUAUGAAUAUUGGGUGGGAUACAAUUCUGUUUCUCUGUGUCACAGGUAUCUAUCUAAUUAAAGGACUUCAUACACCAAGGUCAACUGAAAGUUUGUUCUGAAAGGCUUGGUCCAACAUUUGCCUCAGUUUGAUUGAACAACUGUUUAUGUAAAUAAUACAGGAAAUACAGAACAGCCAUAGCAGUUUUAUUUUCCUGCCUGCCAUUGUCUGAAUAUUGUUCCAACACAUAAAUAUUGUCUGAAUCAGCAGGUUAAAUAUUGGUGUUUGUUCCUCAGAUAAAAAUAUGAAAAGACUGCAUCUUACCAAAUACCAAGCGUGAAGAGUGGUUGUAUUUCUAAAAUAAAAAGCAGGACACCUA